CGAGCAACUGCAUCCAAACAGAGGGCUACGGUACACUCAAACGGCACUCUUUUCUUCUUCUUACAGAUACUAUAGAUAGCAUAGAUACAGAUACAUACACACAGACAGCAGAGGAUAGCUUCAUCAAUGGAUGAUCUACAGGAAGAAUUUGAACCCCUCUUUGAUUACACUCGCAUUCAGCCGACCAAUUUUGUUUGUCUCGAUGAUGAUAGCCUUGAUGAAUCGACGAUAUUCAUCCCGAAAAAGCGGAAAACCUCGGAUGCUGAGGAAGGAAAUAAACUUAAGAAGGAUGUGAAUGCAAAAGAUGCAAUCUUGAUUGAUUGUGAUGGUGAUAGAAAUGACAAGGCCGAGGAUUGGCUGCCGCCACCACCACCAAAGGAUUUAGAUCGUAGUUUUAAGAUUUUGGAGGAUGAUCCAACUUUGAAGGCCUUGAGUUACUGUGUCUCUGAGUGCCUUGUUCUUAUUAGAUUAAAAAGGCAAGAACUAGCAUCUUUUACCAUGUCAGCCGAUGAGUUGGUACGUGCUGUUGAAGAAUCUGUAAAGAAAAACUUUAAUGCUGAAUCACAAUCUCCUCCUCCUAAAACUGUCAAUAAAGAGCCCCUAAAGCCUCCUAAAGAGAGGUCAAAACUUGUUAUAUCAAUCCAAGACAAAGAAGAGCAUAAGCAAUUCCGGGUAUACAAGGAUGAUAAGUUCGAGCGACUCUUCAAGAUGUAUGCAGGCCGGUGUAAGCUUGAUGUGAAGAACCUAGUUUUCUGCUUUGAUGGUGAUAAAGUUAGUCCAUCUGAAACUCCUGAUAGUCUUGGUAUGGAGGAUGAUGACAUCAUUGAAGUGCAUGUCAAGUCAAGUUGAUCCCGGGUUUUGAGUCAACCAACUAUUUUGCGAGUUAACUUUUACCGUGUGAGAUAUAGUCCUUUCUGUCUUGGUGGAUGACUCUGUAUGAAUUAUCUCGUUCACUCCAUCUUUGUUGAUGUCUUUUGCCCGGCAAGCGUAGGUUAUUGCCUUUUGUUUUUGGAUGAUGGAUAAAAUUUUGUGAAAACUUCUAGUUGGAAGUGUGCUUCCAGAUUCUUGUUUACAUGAAAAUUUAAUCAAUGAUUUGUGCAUUCAGUGGAUACUGAUGUUUGUUUGUACAUGGGAAACUUGUAGCUGAUGAGUGACCAAGUUAAACUUUAGUUUUUGUUGUUCUUUUUUAUUAAGACUUUUGUUUUUGUCUUGUGGAAAAUCUUGAAAUACUCAAAUGUGUCGUUUAAAUUA